UAUAGUGUUGCGAUUAGUUUCGCGUUGGCGGGCAACACAGGCGGAUGUGUUUUAAAAGUAAAUUCUUGUAAGUGAGCGAACUUAGCGAAAUCGGUCAGUCGCUGAGACUUUUCUUACUUUUUGAUAUUUAUGCACCGUGAUCGUAUUUGGACAGGCAAAAAGAGAUCACCGAGACCCAUUUUUCUUUCCAAACCAACUAAUUGAGUUUCUUGUGCGAUGUUCAGGUUUAAGCCAGAAAAAAAGAAUUAUGGAAAAGAAGAUUAAGUGACUCCUAUAGUGUUAUUUUAAAAGUGUUACAAGAGCAUGAAUUGAUUUUUUUUCUUACUUCUUCAAGACUCAUCAAGUGAUGCCCACUCUUCCUUCACCUGGGCUAUUGUUGGACUAAUGAGUGAAAAUACAGGCAUGUUUUAUAUUUGUGAUUUAUCUCACAAUUGCAAUCCCGUUAGAACUUUGUGAUAAAAAAAAGAAACUUUUUUAAAGACUCAAUUGACGCAAAAGACGAUCGAGAUUUGUGGCUGAUCUCAGUAUAGAGAAACCAGUUAUAAGACAUAAAGAACAAUCUCCUGCACAAUAUCUUGCAAAAUCCAGUUAAAUAAUAAUGGAGGUAGCCAUCGGUAACGCGACCCCACCUUUCCAGCGCGAAGUACGCGAAUGGCAGCGAGUGGAUCCAAAUACGGGAGCCUUGCUUACGGGUCGACUGGAGGCUGACCGAUGGAUAAGGGAUCACAUGAACACUUAUGGAAAAGUGGUUGAUUCGCAGAAUGUGUCGACACCAAAUGGUACGCACCACACACAGCGCAAACAGCUGGAGGUGCUUCAGGCCAGAACUUCCACAGGAGGAGCUGUCCAGGUUGUCCGAUCGCAGACAGUUCACACAUCAUCUUCCCGUUGGAACUCCUCGAGCAACCAGAAUGGGAUGAAUGGGAGUUCGAAUUUCACAUCAACCCAUUCGAGCCCACUCAGCUUUCAGCAUAAGAAAUUGCAUGGAGAGACUCAAUCGAAGACUGUAACUCCUUAUGCGCCGGAGCCCACAUUGUCAGCAUCAUCAUCGAUGAAUUCCACGUCGUCGCCACCGUCAGCAGUGAAUUGUGGUGUGGGUGGCCCUCGCAAACAGCUGGAUCCCAAUGAAAGAGAAACUGCGGCUCUCAAUUCGCUUGGGGCACUGAAUCGCGGAAAAAGUGUCUCCAACGAGGAUCUGGCCGAUGACGAUCCCGAGCCGUGCGAGUGGAAGCGCGUGAGCAAAAUACGUAGAUCACUUCAGUAUCCAAAAGUCACCAGCCCGGCCAAGUACAGCUCGCGACCACUGGACUUACCUGAGAACUUAGUCAGCGUCUCGCGAAUUCGCCAAGAGCUCGAGAAUGGGCGUCGUUUGGAUCGUGCAAUGCGCAACAACCACGUCGACCUUGCAGCUUUAGACAGUAUUUUAAAAGGUGCUCCAGACCCAGCAGAUCACAAAUCCGAGGCAAAGACAACUAAGAAGGCAACCUUCAUCACAGCCGAGUCCCUGAAGGAGAUUCGUGGAAAAUUGAGGAAAUUGAGUGAUGAGUCUCUAUACAAGGACGACAUCCUAGUGCAGAACGACGAAGACGUGAAGAAGGUGAAUGGGAAGCCCGAGGAACACGCAAAUGGUCUACAACAGAGCACCAUGAAUGAGUCACGCACUGAUGCAAUUCAGCAGCCAUCGACCUACGCCACUCACCUGGCCACAACAACACCAAGUGGUGGCUUCGUGUUUCGACCGAAGGUGUCCAUGGCAAAUGGGAACAGCAAUAGCUUGCAGUCACGCAACAAAGUCAGAGAUUUGGCCACCAAUGAAUGGCACUACAGAAGAAAGUCGUAUGGCUUUGAGAAGAUGACACCACCACCUGAAUCCAUGACGUCGCGCAUGGAGACAUCCACAGAUAGUGGAAUCGGACGAUCAGGUGAAAUUGCUUCCUCUUGGUCACCAACUGAGAACCCAGCACGUGGUACCGUGAUCACCCUGGCGGGAGAUGAUGGCAAGGAGGCCCUGGGAAAAUCAACAAGUGUGAUGAUUCUCAACAAUGGAUCACAGAUCAACAGUGUCGUCACUCCCCUACGUCCCAGUUCCAUCUACUUCAAUGGCAAGGAUGACAUCAAGAGACACUCAAUUGCUGUAGAUGAAAGCAAAUAUGUCAAGGAUUCCGUAAGACGUCCUUUUGAAUCAUCAUCUGUGGUACCCAAAACAUCCUCAGUCCACAUUAAUGGUUCCUCAGGAAGUGACUCGAAAGCGGAUGACGAGAAGAAAGGUCAGAAACGAGUGGAAUUUUGCAAAACUGAAGUUCAUUUCGCAGCAGAAUCUGGUCGUGUGAAUAUCAUUGAGACAGACGGAAAACCCCCUCCUACAAAUAACUUCCGACGCAGACGUAGAUCUUCUGGAGGUAAUAUUGGAUCUACAUACCUCGAAGCGAUCAAAUCUGGAGUACCCCUUACUCACUUUGGUGACUCUGAACAACAAACUGAACCUCCAAAACUGCCCAGUACAGCCGAUCAUGAGACCUUCCCUGUGGUUACAACAUCGACUGUGUCCACAACGACGAGUAAUGCUACGAACGGUAUUAAGAGUUUCAAGGAAGAGGAAGAGGAUUCCAAUGACGAAAUUUCACUAAGGGGCAUCUUGAAGAAUAAGCCUAUUAAACCGAGACCUUAUCACUUGGGUGAGAACAUUGAGAAUAGCGAAAGUCUCUGGGGUGUUCGCCUUAGACCAGUCUCAACAGAUUGUACACUCUGGACUAAGGAUACCAGUGACAAAACGCCUCAUCAAAUCAGGGAUGACUCAGACUGCAAUUCUGGAUUCCAUUCAGACUCCAAUGAGUCUGUACGAAGUGUUGCUGAGAGGGUUCGAAUGGUAGAACAGCUCAGAAGUAAGGAAUCACCAACAGGAUUUUCCACAAAAGUGAAUCUUACAAGUUCCCAAUCAUUCAAUUGGCCACUCAGAGAUGAGACCGAUCCAAUGCCACAAUCGCAAAGAUUCACGGUUCAUUUGACUGAUGGUGAAAAUGACGAGACUGGGAAGUUUGGUAACUUUGAGAAGUCUCACGAUAGUUCACUCAAGUCCACCACCUUAAUUAUGAAGACACUCAAAUCAGCUCAGCAAUUUGAUGAGGCAAUGGCCAAAUUGGCAUCGGUCAAUCCGACCAUCAUUGUGCCCCAGUCACAAAUUACGCAGAAAGACAUUCCGACCGAUUUUCCAAAUCGCAAUCAUCUCACCAGUUAUUCUGUGACAAAGUCCAACAGUGCCAGCAAUAUCUUGGGCACAGUGACCAAGUUAAAGGUGAAAGAGAAGUACUCUUCAUCAUUGGAUGGAAAUGGAGAUUACGAUCGGGAAUGGAAUUUUGAUGAAAAACCACAGAGUUCAAUAAGUUCCCUCUUGACGCCCAAGAAAACCUUUGUGGAUCAUGUUGAUGGGCAAUCCGGAUCAAAGAGAAGUGAACCCGAGAGGAAACCUAUUGCUGCCCCUAGAAUCAAGAAACUGGGCACAUCCAGUGUUCUGAGCCAAUUGACCCAGCUCAAUAGAAUGUACGAGGCUGCCGGGCAGGAUAGCGAUGGCAGUGCUCAGGCCGAUGAAGAAGUUAAUCUCAUCCUUGGUCAAUCCAACAGAAUGCAACCCGAAGAGAAGACUACAACACUAUCUGGGAGCUGGAGUCGAUUAAGAACCAAACGAAAUUGCACGAAGCAAACUUCCCCCAAUUAUGCACAUUUAGAAAACUACAAGCCCCAAGUGACGACUGUCAAGAAGGCAGAUGUGAUUCAUUCUAAUGUACUAUCUAUUCCUCUUCAUUCACCAACAAGUUCCCUAAGGAAACCUACUCCGAAAACGGAAGUUCCUCUCAUCAACUCGAAAACGACAAGUCCAGUGAAAACAACACCAAUCGCAAUACGAAAAACUAUUCCGACAUCCGACAGCAAGACCAUCUCGCAGGAGAAGGAAAAACCGAAGAGUGUGCAACAAGAACCACUGAAAUUAGUUAGUGGUACACGAAAAUUACGUGAUCACGAGCUAUCGUAUUUUGGUGUAAAUACAACACAACAACGUGCUUCGACUUCAGUCUCAACUAACGAUACGAAAAAAUUGACUAAUAUGCCCAAGACUGAGGCGGUGAGCAAGUGGAAGUGGAGUGACAAGUCCGAUUUGCAUCAUCGACAGAAUAACAAUGAUGUGGAGGGCCGCCCAGAGCACAAGGAACCCAUUUACGAAAAUCUCAAGUAUCACUCGAAUCAAACGAUCAACAUCAAUCAACGACAUCACAAUUACGAACGCGAUCAAGAUAUUCUUGACGAACUCAAUAGAGCAGCUGAUGAGAUCUUGAGUUCGGUUUCCAAGAAUCACGAAGUAGAUGAAAGCAGAAUGCGGAAGAGGAUCCAGUCUAAGCCACUGGAAACGAUUACUGAAGCACGAUCAUCCACACCGAUCAAGAGUGUCCAAUCACGUGGCGUUCAAGUUUCACGUGGAGAACGUGAGAGUAUUCGACGCAGUGGAGUGGCCAGAUCAUCUUGCCGAGUAUCGUCGGCAUCAUCAUCAGAGAGCAUCCCGAGGCAGAUUCCUUCUUCGAGUGUUAGGGCUUCAACGCACAGCUCCAGCUCGAAGAGUCGCCACAGCACCAGGAGCCACGAAGAUUCCUCUUCUACUCGAUCCAGCAGACGACGCGUCACGAGCAUGUCGGAGUGUCGACGUCUCCAUCGCGCCAGUAGUAGGGACAAUAUUCCCUCCCAGGCAAGUUCCUCCGAAGACGUCAACGAACCCAGACGUCCCAGACGACUAAAGGUCAAGGAGAAGCCCGAGAGUUCGGUAGUUUCUGAAACCAGGAGAUCUUCCGGCUCAUCUAAGGGCUCUUCUUCCAGGCGUCAUCUGAAGGAAGCAGCACCCUCCAGAAUAAGCAGAAGCACUUCUGACCAACACCAGAAAAUCCGUGUCAAGUCUGGCAUUGUUACCACAACAUCAUCUCGAAAUGGUAACUGGCUUCUGAGGGAGAGCAGGAUAGAGUGAAAAGGUGCAAAAGUUGCGUAUUAUAAAUGCAUUAUAAAAUCGUCCAAAAUUGUGAUUAUCCUAAAUUGAAUUUCUUCAGGCAAAAGAAGUGCAAGAGAGAAAUGAUUAAUAAACUAUUAGCUGCUGUUAGUAACUUUAAUAUGCGAUUAACUGACAUUUUUUGCCACUCUAAUAUUUUCUCAUUUUAUAAUUUUUUUCUUCCUUUUAUAAUGCGAAAACCCAAAUGAUUUUUUUGUAUAUUGUUUUAUUUUUCAUUUAUUGCCCUUUGUGUUUUAUUAUUAUUUGCAUUUUCGACAUUGUGAAAUUCCUAAUUGAUCAUUAAAACACUUUUAAUCGCAAA